UCAUGUCCACAGAGCUACCAUGCCUCUCAGUGUGUUCAGCCACUACCGCCGGAUCACGUCUUCCACCUGGCUUCACCCUCAGUCUGGGGGCACUCAACUCACCUCAUCUACAGAUGGGUCUGGGUCAGGAGCCCUUUACAUCCAAGAAAAGGGAGGUGGUCACCUACAGACAGAAGCCAGCGGUCUUUCGCAGACGCAGCACAGAUGGGACGGGCAUUGCCCAGGAGUUGGCGCAGGGGGGCAAGGAGCAGCGCUUUCACCCCUACUGCCGCCAGUACAGCGAGGGCAGCCCAGUCGGCUGCCCGACACUCUGCUCAUCCCCCUUCGCUUGCUUCCAGGAGACUCAAAGUUCCCAUUACUCCUAUGACAGACUUUCCACCAAAACCAGUCAACUGAACACUGCAGAGUUGCUGUACCCCAAACCCAUCUAUUCAUAUAGCAUCCUCAUCUUCAUGGCCCUGAGGAGCAGUAACACUGGAAGCUUGCCAGUCAGUGAGAUCUACAGCUUCAUGACUGAACAUUUCCCAUACUUCAAGACAGCUCCUGAUGGCUGGAAGAACUCUGUCCGCCAUAACCUGUCGCUCAACAAGUGCUUCCAGAAAGUGGACAACAAAGGUGGCAGUGCUUCGCGGAAAGGCUGCCUCUGGGCCCUGAACCCAGCCAAGGUGGAGAAGAUGCGGGACGAGCUGCAAAAAUGGCAACGCAAGGACCCGCUCACUAUCCGCAAGAGCAUGGCCCGGCCAGAUGAGCUGGAUCACCUCCUUGAGGACAGAUCUGACAAGAUGAAAACCAUGUCCACGUUUUUAAACCCCCGACAGACUUACCCAACAGUGAGGACACAAGGAUAUGACACAGUCUCACCCUACGCCCCACCCCAGCCAAGGGAACACAACCCCCAGUCUCACAGACAGCCCCUGUACAGCUAUCCUUCACCUGCCUCCAGCCAGCAACCUCCUUACCUAUCCCACAAUCCUACUGCAUUCUCCUUCCAAUGCCCAGUUACACAGCAACCUUGCACCAUCCUUCCUCCCAACACAGGAACUCUGGAGUCCCCCCUGCUCGCACAGACCCCACCCAGCUACAGCGCCGCCCUGCAGGCCACUCGCGGCGUCUCUAGGAGCAUGCAGGAGCUGCUGCUGGAGGGGGACCUCAGCACCGACAUCGACACGCUCAACCCGAGUCUCACAGACCUGCAGCUGCACGGAAAUUUGUGGGAAGAGCUGAAAGACGACAGCCUGGCUCCAGACCCUGUGACGACCACCUCUGUCUCCCCUUCCUCUAACCUGUCCAGCCCCCGACCGAGAGACGAGAGCCUGCGGAGCCUCGGCUUAGCCGGGGCAGAUGUGAGUGGCCCCAGGCCUGGGGAAGGGGACCCAGGAGGACUGUUACACCUGAGCAUCACAGCACACUACUCCACCACAUUCGCUAACAUGGAUAGCAUGUCAACCAACCAGCCAACCUUUGGUGAUUUCUCCAUCCCCCUUGUGUGAUAGGGGUUGAUUUCAGUGAUGUUCUCGUCUCCACUGAGAGCUCACACUCUUACAUUUGUAUUGUAUAAAAUACUUUUCUAAUAACAGAAUACAUUUAAUAUGAGUGAUGUCGUCACCGAAUUCAUUUAUUCAAGAUUGUGAUCUAAUCAGUAAUUGUGUACCAAGACUGCCAUCUAGAGAUCAGAGAUGAUUAAGAAGCAGGUAUGGUAUGUAGGCUACUGUCUUAAUAAACCUCAGAA